AUGGGGGGCACGCCGGCUCACUUUAACGAUUUGGAGUCGGAUAUUAAAGGCAAAACAGUACUUGAUGAUGGUAGCUGCGAUGUUUCAGAUAAGAAUUUUUUGGAUUUCAGGGAGAAAGAUGGUAGUGUAGAGAAUAAUUUUGCUUUAUCUUUAUUCUCUUAUUUUCCUACAGUUCUUAUUGGCUACAUGCACACCAAAAAUCAUUCUGUUAAGAUGUCUCCUUUAUCCAUAGUCACAGCCCUGGUGGAUAAGAUUGAUAUGUGUAAGCAGAGCUUAAGCCCAGAGCGGGACAUUAAGCUUAGUGGCCAUGUGAGCUGGGUUGGGAAGACAUCCAUGGAAGUGAAGAUGAAAAUGUUGCAAGAUGAUGCAUUUUGUCCUGUUUUGGAUGCAACGUUUGUAAUGGUGGCUCGUGAUUCUGAAAAUAAGGGUCCGGCAUUUGUGAAUCCUCUCAUCCCUGAAAACCCAGAAGAGGAAGAGCUCUUUAAACAAGGAGAAUUGAACAAGGGGAGAAGGAUCUCCAUGAGCUCCAUAUCCUUACUGAAAAUGGCUCCUGAUGCUGAGGAGCGGAACACCAUACACGACAUGUUUCUCAGCACGCUGGAUCCCAAGACUAUAAGCUUUCAGGGUCGCAUUUUGCCCACUAAUGCAGUGUGGAUGGAGGAUACAAAAUUGAAGAGCUUGGACAUUUGUCAUCCUCAGGAGCGGAACAUUUUCAAUCGGAUCUUUGGUGGUUUUAUUAUGAGGAAAGCAUAUGAGUUGUCGUGGGCUACUGCUUGUAGCUUUGGUGGCUCCCGACCAUUUGUGGUGACAGUAGAUGACAUCAUGUUCCAGAAACCUGUUGAAGUGGGCUCAUUGCUUUUUCUUUCCUCUCAGGUCUGCUUUACUCAGGACAAUUACAUUCAAGUCCGAGUGCAUAGUGAAGUGGCCUCUCUUCACAAUAAAGAACACAUGACCACCAACGUCUUUCACUUUACAUUUGUAUCACAAAAUGAGGUGCCCUUGGUUUUCCCCAGAACAUAUGGAGAAUCCAUGUUGUAUUUAGAUGGGCAGCGGCAUUUCCACUCCAUGACUGCCCCAGUGAAAAAGGACUACCUUGUGGAGCCCUAGGAAAACCUCACCAGUUAUAAACCAGCACUCCAUUGGCAGUGACCUUUAAUGCCUGCCGAAGGCCUGAGCAAAUUGUGUUGCUUUUAGCAUCCUCCAUAGAGGAGAAGGUAUCAGCGGGUAGGAUGACCAGAAAGGCAGAAAAAGAGAGUGACUGGAUGGGCCCGAACGGUGGAUGAGCUAUUAAAGAAAUAAAUAACUUCCAACCUAGAUUAAUUGUGAACCUCAUGUGUUGACACCGCCCACCCCCCUACAUCUGCUAAGUAACGAAGAAGCAAUGGGGAAUGGCUCUUCAGACAGGCACAUGUGUUAAAAUUUUGCAGCUAUUAGUAUACAUCAGUUUGGGGGGGGGAUGACAUUUGGUUAACAUUUUGUGUUCUGGGGAACUGAGGGCCUUGUAAACAUUCAAACAAUGCUCUCAGAACCCCCUUUUUGUUUGUUGCUUUUGAGUCCUAAAUAGCUAACUUUCCUGGCCAGCCUUCAAAUUUGAGAUCAUCCUGCUUCUGCCUCUUGGGUAAUUGGGGUUACAGGCAUGAGCCACCGGCACUCAGCUCUAUGAUAGUACACACCUACAAUAUGUUCUACCUGUUUUAGGUUUCCAGCUAUAGGUGGGAUGAUGGGUAACCCCUUCCCCCAGUUUCUUCCACUGAGAUGAAUUUUUCUGCCUUGGCUGCCCUGAACUGUGAUCUUCAUCUUAGCUUCCCAUGUAGCUAGGAUGAUAGUCACGAACCACC